AGAAAGCAAGAGCUGCAAUUUUUUUAUCACUUGAUGAGUUAUGGGAUAAAUCCGAUGAAAUGGGUUUAAAAGCUUCUGUCUUAGAUCUACGCGCACUAAAAUUGCUUUCAUUUGCCACAGUUCAAGAGCAAGAAGAUACAGAAGCCCAAAUCCGUACAGAAUUAUCACUAUUAAAAUCUCAAUUAACUAAUUCAAAUAAUAAUGAAGAGAUAGAAAAAAAUUCAGUAAAUAUAAAUGAAGACCCCCAAGAUUCUUUAAGUGCAGAAUUAUGGAGGUCAUUUUCAAUAUCUGAUCAAGCCACCACUGAAGAUGAAUUCACGUGA